AAUAAGCAACGUUGGUAUCAUAUUUCAAAAAACCUGAACAGUCAAGAUGGCACCUACGCCUGCAAAGAAAAAGUCCAACGAUAGCAUGAUGCAGAAAAGCCUUAUGAACUUUUUUGCGAAACCCGGCCUGUCAAGUUCAGUUGCAGCAGCAAAGAUUCAGAACGCGACCAGCGCGACGCCAACGCGAGAAAGCUCCACUUUACCAGGGACCCAAACUUCCUCUGGGUCGACAAAGACUUUCUCGGCUGCUAAAACAAAAUCAAAGUUUACUCCAAAGACACUAGACUCAAGACCAUCUUCCGACAUCGAUAUUGAUGCAGAGAGCGGCAUGGAGACUCCACCGACCUCGGACCCCAUUCCUAUAGAUGUCGACAUGUUAUCAGAUGAUGAGGACGCGUCGGUCAAGAAGAGUGCUAAUACGCGCCUAACGAAGCGCAAGCUUAUUCUAGCCGACUCCGAUGAGGAGGACGAGGCUCUCUUAGGGAAGAGCACGACACAAGCUACAUACCGCACCUCAUCCCUCGAAUGUCAUGACAAGUCCUCUCCUUCACGCGGACACGCGAAGAAACCGCGUAUCGCGCCCACACCCCCGGUUCUCACUUCCGAUGAGGAAGACGACGAGAACGCAGACGUGCGCUCGCAAUUCUCAUCGCGCUUGACCAAGUUCCGCAAGUCACCUGCCAAAUCAUCUAAGAAAAAAUCGAGAGCUUCCGAUGACGACGACUUUAUUGCCCCUGACUCUGAGUCAGAACAUGAGCGUUCAUCAUCACGCGCCUCUUCGCGUUCAAAGUCGUCUAAGUCCGCCGCCUCAGACGACCAGUCUGGUGAGGAGUCAGAUGUCCCCACUAAAAAAUCCGCGAAGUCAAAGCGUCCACCCCUGAAGAAUUCUGGGAAAGCUGGCGGUGAUAAAGGAAGCGGGAGUGGACUGGCAGGAAACACUGCGUUUUUGACGAAGGCCGAGCGGCGCACACAAGAGAAGAAGACCGAGAAAAAAGCUACUGAGGAUCCGUUUUCAUUUUUAGUUGACGUGCGAGAUAAAGAUGGUGUUCGCCCUGGCGAGCCUGGAUAUGACCCGCGCACGCUGUACAUCCCGAAGAAAUCAUGGACAGACUUUACGCCUUUUGAAACACAGGUUUUGUUUUUCCAGAAAGGGUGUCUCUAUGAAGAUGACGCACGGAUCGGGCACCGGGAGUUUGACUUGAAACUCACUCAGCGCGUGAAGAUGUCCAUGGUCGGUGUACCUGAAAUGAGCUUCAACUUUUGGGCUGCGGUAUCGCAAAAUUUUAAUACAGGAUAUAAAGUCGGCCGUGUGGAUCAAGCAGAGACGGCACUUGGUGCUGAGAUGCGCCUUGCAAAGGACAAGGGUAAGAAGGGUGCUGGCGGAAAAGAUAAAGAGAAGAUCGUCCGUAGGGAGCUCAACAAAGUAUACACAAACGGCACGCUUGUGGACGAAGACCUCCUCACAGAUGAGCAAGCAGGGCAUUGUAUUUCCCUGCGCGAGUCUGCAGACGGAAAGGAUGGCAUGAGCAAUUUCGGAGUCUGCGUCCUGGAUAGCGCCACGAGCCAGUUUAGCCUAAGUUCAUUUGAGGAUGAUGUAUGCACAACGAAGUUGGAGACGAUGAUGAGGCAGCUGCGGCCAAAGGAAGUGAUCUUCACCAAGGGGAAUCUUUCUGUGCAAACGACGCGUCUACUGAAGUCCAUCCUCCCCGGGUCUUGUUUGUGGACCAGUCUCCGGGACGUCGAAGGAUUUACUUACCCGCAGACGAUUAACAAACUGAAUAGUAUGUUUUCUGAGGCUAAUACUGGAGGGGAAGAUACGAUAGAUGAGGACGCCGAGCUAUCAAGCGCUGUCCCACAGAGUAUUCGGGACAUGGCGAGUUACCGUGCCGCGAUGGAGGCUCUAGGCGCGCUGAUGUGGUAUCUCCGUCAGCUGAACAUCGACAAGGACCUUCUUACGAUGCGGAACUUUGACGUCUAUGAUCCAAUGAAGAGAGGAACCAAUGUUGUGCUAGAUGGGCAGACGCUUGCCCACGUUGAGGUUCUACUCAAUAAUGAAGGUACAGAAGAUGGAUCGUUGCAUAAACUCCUGGGGAGAUGCAUCACGCCGUUUGGUAAACGACUGUUUAGGAUCUGGCUGUGCGUUCCUUUGCGGGAAGUUAAAGAUAUCAAUGCACGCUUGAAUGCUGUGGAGGACCUCAUCUCACACGCAACUUUUGAGCAAGAAUUUACCGAACUCGCAAAAGGACUCCCCGAUCUGGAGCGGAUCAUUUCCAGGAUUCACGCAAAUAACUGCAAGGUUAAAGAUUUUGUCAAAGUGCUGGCGGCCUUCAAGAAGCUUAGCCGCGGCCUUGCGAAGCUCGCCGACAGCUCUGAGUCAUUCGAUUCGAAGACGAUCCUCGGACUUUUGAGAUCAGCACCGGAUCUGACUCCCAAUCUGAAGAACGUAGAAUCGCGGUUUACUAAGGAUAAAGAAACGGAUGAGCUGCUCCCUGUUGCAGGCAAGGAUGAGGUGUAUGAUGAAAUUAUGUGUGAAAUUGAGGAACUUGAGAAGACGCUAGACACGCAACUCAAGAAGUUUGAGAAAAAGCUUGGGCGCAAUCUUACGUGGUGGCACAGCGCUCAGGGGAACAAAGAGAUCUAUCUCGUCCAGACGAAGGCGAACGAGAAAGAAGUCCCUAAUGACUGGGUCAAAAGCAGCGGUACCAAGGCAGCUACCCGUUGGAUCGUGCCUUCCCUUCAACCGACAAUCCGAAGUCUCAAGGAAGCACGCGAGAACCGCUCAGCGGCGGUAAAGUCCUUCAGAGGACGUCUGUAUGCCGAAUUCGAUACCGACCGGGGCACGUGGCUCCGCGCCGUACGUGUCCUUGCCGAACUUGACUGCCUCUUCAGCCUCGCGAAGGCAUCUGUCGCGAUGGGCGAACCGAGCUGUCGGCCUGAGUUCGUGGAAGGCGAUGCUGCCUUUAUCGAGGCUUCAGUUGCGAAUGAUGUCAAAUUGGGCGGCGAUCUCGGUAGGAUUGCGCUGUUGACAGGUCCGAACAUGGGGUUAGUUAUGCGCAUGACAGCCACAGGUGUCAUCAUGGCGCAGUUGGGCAUGCUCGUUCCCGCCAAGUCGGCUCGACUCUGUCCUAUAGAUGCUAUUCUCACGCGGAUGGGCGCUUAUGAUAACAUGUUUUCCCAUUCAAGCACGUUCAAAGUUGAACUAGAUGAGUGUUGCAAGAUCUUGCGGGAUGCUACACCUAAAUCGUUGGUAAUCCUCGAUGAAUUGGGAAGAGGUACUUCUACUUAUGACGGUAUGGCAAUCGCUGGAGCUGUCCUCCAUGAAAUUGCCACCCGCACCCUUCCGCUAGCAUUCUUUGCAACACAUUAUGGUUCGCUCACCGAUGAUUUUGCCUAUCAUCCAAACAUCAGGAACAUGCACAUGUCUACCAUGCUUGACGACGAAAAACAUGAGCUUGUCUUUCUGUACAAGUUGGUUGAUGGUGUUGCAUCUUCGUCCUUUGGCACACAUGAGGUGAUCAAACGCGCCGAAGUCGUUUCUCAGGAUUUCGCGAAACAAUUCAAAGCCAAGAUUGACGACCGAAAGAAAAAAUCGCUGGCAUCCAAGCUACCUUUGGUCGCUCAAGCAGACUUUACUUAUCUUUUAUCUCUUGCCAUGGGUAAUUUGAAGCUGCCAGACGAUCCGUUCAAGCAACGAGAACUGCUCAAUGGACUGAAGCAGGCCGUGCGUUCGUAUGUCAGUGUGUAGUUUGCGUUGUUCAUUGUUUUCGAUAUUUGCUUUCUUUAUACCCCACUACUCAAUAGCAUACACUGCUCGUAUAUUACUUGACACCCAGCACUUCACUUACCGACACUGUCAUUUCUCGUUAUGCAUUCACUUUAACGGACCUUGCUACAUGCAUAAUAUCAAUCAAUUUUUC